AUGCGCCACGUGCUAUUCAAGCACAGCAGCCACCCGGGUGUGCCUAUAUCGAGGGAGGAGCUCAAUAAAGUAAUCUCCGCGCAGCUGGCCGGGAGGCGCGUGACGGGGCUGCCGAGUGUGAUUAUAAAGGAGGCUCAGGCGCGGUUCCCGGCGGCGCUGGGAUUCGAUAUGAGGGAGCUUGAAAGAGGGACACGGGGAAGAGGGGCAGGCGGAGGGGGAGGGGGACAUGACGGGGAUGAGGCAGGGGGAAGGGGAGGAGAGGACGGGGGGGACGGGGGAGGAGGUAGGGGAGGAGGGGGAGGGGGAGGGGCGAAGGAGUAUGUGUUACAGAGCCGGUUACCAGCGGCGGUGCUGUCGCGAUUCGUGGACACCCCAGAGCAGGCAGCAGGCAGUGCGUUCACCACUGUGGUGUGUGCGUUGAUCAAAGGCGCUGGAGGGAGCAUCCCCGCAGAGAAGCUGUGGGCGCUGCUGGGAGCAAUGGGGGUGCGGCGGGGGGAGGAGAGGCACCCCCAGUUUGGGAACGUGGAGGAGAGCCUAAAGCGCAUGGAGAAACAGAGAUAUGUGAUUCUGAUGAAAGGGGCACGCGGGGCGGGUGGGGAGGAGGAGUGGGCGUAUGAGCUGGCAGAGCAUGCCCGGCAGGGCAUCGGGGCAGAGAGAUUGCAGAAGCUUUUCAACGAGACUGUUGCAGAGGUGCAAGAUGGACCCCCUUCCCAUGACUUGAGAUGA